GCAAGCACUCUCUGAAGUUUGACCUGACGUCUGCUCGCCCGUGCGGCGCUCUCCUGCUCUGCUAGGUGGCUGCUCGCCGCCAGAGCGAGAGUGAAAACGAGCGGAAUUUUUCGUUUUUCUGCUUACCCGGGUCCGGACGAUUUCUCAUCUGAAGCGGAGGCGAUGGCGAGGGAGGAUGACAAGGCGGAGGCGAUGGAGAUCGAUGGGGAGCAUCAGCAAGCGGCCACCACCGCCGUGCCGGACGACUUCAAUGCGGAUUACCUCAGGAUCUAUUACGGGAAGCUCUUCCCUCAUGGCGAUUUCUUCAAAUGGCUUUCAUAUGGAAAUGAUGGGAAACAUCCAGGAUGUGAUGAAUCCUAUGUUGGGCGCAGAGAGUUCUCGUUUACACUAGAGAAUGACAUCUACCUGCGAUUCCAGUCCUUUGAUAGUGUGGCUGCAAUGGAGAGUUCUAUCAAAGAAAAGUGCCCUUUCAAGAUCGAUAUUGGACCUGUAUAUAGUGUAGAUCCUGCAAAACGGCAUGCCUAUGCUCAAUCUGGCAACAACGUCUUUGUACCAGUGGAGAGAGAACUAAUUUUCGAUAUUGAUAUAUCAGAUUAUGAUGAUGUUCGUUAUUGCUGCUCUGGAGCUGACGUCUGCAUCGACUGCUGGCCCUUAAUGAUCAUUACUAUCAAAAUCUUGGAUGCUUCGCUCAGAGAUGAUUUUGGUUUCAAUCACAUAUUGUGGGUAUAUAGUGGCCGUCGUGGUGUCCAUUGCUGGGUUUGUGAUAGUAGAGCAAGAAAGCUCAACAAUGAACAAAGGGCUGCCAUUGCUGAUUAUUUUCGUGUCUACAAGGGUGGUGAAAAUACAAUGAAGAAAGUAUCAUUGCCUGGUGCUGUUCUCCAUCCAUUCCUUGCAAGGUCAUACACUGAUGUUCUAAAACACUUCUUUGAAGAUAAGCUGCUGCUUAGCCAACAACUCUUUGCAUCUGAGGAGAGAUAUCAGAAAAUACUUGAUCUAAUCCCAGAUGAAAAUGUUGCUAGUGAGCUCCAUGACAAGUGGCAAGGAAACAGACGAUCUUCUGUUUCCAAGGAAGAUGUGAAUGCUACCAGAUGGGAGCAACUAAAGUCAGCCUUGCAGUCAGGAAAACACAAGGCACAGGGGCUUCGUAGAUGUAUAGAAGAGAUUGUCUUCUCAUAUACAUAUCCUAGACUUGACAUGGAGGUUUCAAAGCACAUGAAUCAUUUGCUGAAAGCACCCUUUUGCAUACACCCGAAGACAGGCCGUGUUUGUGUUCCAAUUGAUCCAGAUAACUGUGAUGAUUUUGAUCCUACGACAGUUCCAACUCUAUCACAGCUUUUGGGUGAGCUCAAUGCAGCUGGUCAUCAUACUGAUUCUGAAAAUGAUUGGGAAAGAACAUCCCUUGAAAAAUCUGUCAGAUUUUUCAGGGCAUCAUUUCUGCAACCACUGCUGAAAGCUUGCAAGGAGGAAUUAGAAAGCGCAUACAAUGCAAAGCUCCAGCAGUCCAAGAAUACGUUGACUUGGUAAAGUCUACUCUAACCUUCCGGCUGUUCUUGCCAAAUACCAACUAGUACCCCAUGAAAGCUUCUGCUCCAUGAGACAAACCAUUGAACCUGGCAUUGGCGGUGUACAUUGUUAAACAUAACGAUCUUGAGAUGAGGGGCGAAAUAUUCUGCAAUGCUUACGUGAUCUUAGCUCCAAGGAACUUGCUGCGAGUUUGAAUGGAGCAAUCGUAGAAUUUCCAGUGACCGUGUUAGAGUCAGCUUGGUGCUGGCUUGAACCUUUCAUCUUUUCAUUUUGAAGAUUUGAUGCUAUUAGGAUAAACUCCUUACUAUUGUAAAAUGGUUGUUAUAGGAUCCCGUUUAGUCGUUGAAAAGAAUUAUGAUGGUUAAAUGCUUCUAUUCGUUAACCAUUUCGUGUGAGUUGUGAUUAUCAGUGUGGGGCGCAUGCCUUGAGAAAUGGCCAUAAACAUCGCGAGAUUGGGAAGAUCGUCUAGAACAUGUUCGGUUUGUGGUGGUUGUACUGUGUUGAGGUUAUCUGAGUUGACAUUGGGGCCCCAUUACCUAAUGCCGGAUGGAUUUUUACUCUAUUAAGAAGGUAUUUAUAGUCUAAAUGUUGUACACAUGGGUAUAUAAUAAUUAAG